AUGAAUGUACAGCAUGUGCCCACAGAUGAGAUCCGAGACAGUGAUGUUGCCAGGCAGCCGGGAAGAUUCACUCAGACUCUCAAAGUAGAAAAACUGGCAGUGUCGAUGUGCCUAAAGCUGCUUUUGGUGUGUAUAGUGUCAGUUUUUGUAACUGCAUCAAUCUGUCUUUCUCUUUUACAGUGUGUAGAAGCCAAGAAGUACUGCUGGUAUUUUGAAGGUGGAUACCCUAUCUACUUCAUAUGUCGCUCCUAUGAGGACUGCUGUGGGACACGCUGCUGCGUCAGAGCCCUGUCCAUCCAGAGACUAUGGUACUUCUGGGUGCUGCUGAUGAUGGGAGUAUUGUUCUGCUGCGGUGCUGGCUUCUUUGUCCGCAGGAGGAUGUAUCCGUCCCCUCUGAGAGACGAGCCAGCCUUCAACGUGUCCUUCACCAGGCACCCUGUCACCACACCAGUUUCCCAGCAGCCAGGGAGCAUGCCGGGCUUCGGGGUCAACGGGAUGACAGGUAACGACCCAGGGGUCACCAGCACACACCCGGCCUACCCGGCACAGCCUGGCUCCGCCCACAUGAUGAUGGGUCCAUACCCUCCACCUCCAUCCUACUGCAACCACCCGCCUCCGUCCUACGAACAAAUAUUUCAAAACAGCGACAAGAAGUAACGUCUGCAAGGAGAUGGAACUUGACAAGGUAAAUCGGGGAAGGAAGGAGGCAGAAUAAUCAGGAAGUUGCGAUGAAAUAGGAGGAUUGCCUGCCAACUGUUUGCUAGUUUGUUGAUGUAAGACUCGGAAAAACACACAAUCUCUUAUCUGGUGGAAAAGACCAAAAGAGGCACAGUAACCAGAAUCUAGAUGCACAGACACUCAUCACUCACACACUGCUUCGUCUGCAGUGCUUUAUUUACUCGGUUUGUGUGGAUUCUUUGUGUACAGUGAGCGUGCCGGCCUUGUUGAACUGAGGACAAGUGAGGAUGCACGCAUUCAGGUUUUGGAUUCACCCACUGUCACCCGUCUCCUCCACCCUCCCCCUGCAGCUACAACUGUGAACUGAAUGGCACAGAUCAAACUCAUACUGUAUUAAAAUGCUGGAUACUAUUUGCCUUAAUGGGCAGCUUUAAUUAAUUGAUUUCAAAAUUGUUUUGAAAUAUCUUCAACUGAACAGAUAAAAAAAAUAUAAACACAUUAUUAUAACAAGAUGAAAGGAUGAUCUCUGUUCUUAAAAGCAAUUCCAAGGAUGACAGACUUAUUUUCCAUCCAGCAUUUUACUGCAAGAUGGGCUCUUUACUAAAUGAUGAGUUCUUGAUACAUUUUUUAUUACAGAAUGUGUAGUCCAGUUAUGUAAUGACAUAAUGAGAAGCUCCGGCAGUCACUGGCUCAUUCUCCUCUUAGCAGCGAAGACGGCUUUAGUUCCCGAGAUGAAUCAGACAGUGACGCUGAGGUGAAAAAGUGGCUGAUGUAGUUUUAGUGUCAGUGGUACAUCACUUUGAUGAUUGGUGUUAGGGCUGCACGACUCAUGAUAUCGCCAAAAAAUCCCCAAAAAACGAUCAAAUUUGACAAAGAUAAAGAGCAAAUCAUCAUAGCAAAGAUACUAGGACAAAGUAGGGUCUGUUUUUAUGCCUCUGCGCAGAGGCCAGACGCAUUAUGUUUUCCGUCUGUCCGGCACGUUCUUGUGAACACAAUAUUAAGGGAAUUUCUUUAAAUGUUGCACAAACAUUCACUUGGACUUUAACGA